AGGAGGUGAUUGUGUUGCUUAGUAGCGGCGGGAGCUGGAAUGGAGAGUUCCCUUUAGUUUGAGAGUUAAGGAGAAGUGGAUGGGCUAUCCUCCGUUCCGUGUACUUCUAAACCCAGAUGAACGGACGGACAUGGACAGAGCUUCAGCGUAAAAUGUUGGAAGGAUAUCCUUGGAUCAUUGUCUUCAGUACAAUAUGGGGUGGGGGUGGUGUCCUUGGUGCUAUCUGAGCUUGUUUUCUUGCAGACGUUUCAUUACCCAAACUAGGUAACCUCAUCAGCACCAAGGACCCCUGAUUUCAACCCUGAGCUGCAAAUAUUGCCCUUAAUGAGUGCAUUUCCUUCCCUUUUAUUUCAUUGUCUUUAUGAUGGCGCCUCCCCCAGGGCAUUCAUUGUCUCGAGACGAGAUUAUAGAAACCUAUGGCCGCCUUCUGUUGGAAAUAUCAAGACUUUUCAUCUUCUGAUUAUCACCGCAAAAGGAAUAAGGAGUAAUUCUAGUCCCAUUAGCAGUUGAGGUUUCAAACAACAAUACGCUCGUAUCUAUGACAAGCCGGCCUUUUCUGAGGUCAUCAUUAGUAGGCCGUGGAAUGACAUCAUUAGGUGGUGACGAUUCCCGGGCGCCCCCAACGUGGAUCUGGGCAGGACGAUGGAGGCGGCUGAUGUUGGAGUCGUGAGUGUUUCUCCGAAGCUCCUCAUUUGCGAGGGUCUGAUGGUGGUUAGCGGCGGCACGAAGUUCUUCGCCGCUAAUUAUAAAGAGGCCAACAAUGAUGAUCUUUUCAUUUAUGACUGUAGUGCUGCAAGCAAAAAACUUCAAGAAAAACAAAAAAGUGAGGAUGGAAAGCCACUUGACAAAACAAAUAAUAUCCUUGCCUGUGCAUUUUCUUCAUCAGGGAAGUAUUUUGUUCUGACUGAUGACAACAAACAAUUAAUUCUUUUCUGCUCAAAGCCUUCCUGGAAAUGUCUGAGCAUAAGACCUGUCAUGAGAAGAUGUACCUCCCUGAUAAUAACAUCUGCAGAAGAUAAAAUUUUGGUUGCUGACAAAUCUGGCGAUGUAUAUUCUUAUUCAAUAAUAGAACCAAAAAAUGCAGGAACAAUUGAGCUUGGACACUUGUCUCUUUUGUUGAAUUUGACAUUGAGUCCUGAUGACCAAUAUAUUGUAACAGCUGAUCGAGAUGAGAAGAUCCGAGUUAGUUUGACUAAAGCACCACAUGUUAUAGUAUCCUUUUGCCUGGGUCACAGAGAAUUUGUCAGCACAAUAUUGGUACUGCCAAACCUUCCUGACCUUCUUUUAUCUGCCUCCGGGGAUGAUACAUUGAGGCUCUGGAAGUAUAAAAGUGGGAAAGAACUACAUUGCUUUCAAUUGAAUAAUUUGAAUAUAAAUGAAGCUGGUAAGAAUAAGAAGAAAUAUGCUGUGUCAAGAAUAGUUUAUUGUUGUGAAGGAAAUUACAUUGCCAUUUUAUAUGACUGUAUUCCUGCAGUAUCCAUCUUCCAGCUUGACGCCGAUGCUCAGAGCUUAAUUUCUAAACAGCACAUAACCUUAAGCCACAAAGGUUGGGACAUUGCAUUUGAGGAAACAGGUGGGCUCUGGGUACUGCAGGAAAAUCAGCAAAUACCUCUUCUAUUCUACCAACACAAGGAUGGACAGUGGCAGCCUGUUAUUGACAAGAAAGAAUUAGUGAAAAUGUCCAAGUACAUAUGUAACUAUUGGAGAAUAUUUGAAGGUGCUAUGGACAAAGAGAGCUGCUUCCAAAAUCUCUACAAGGCUUCUUUUGAUAAUAUGUCCAUUUAUCUAAAAAAGAAAGAAGAGAGACUUCAGCAGCAGAAAAAUAAGAGGAAAGAUCCACAAUAUAAAUCAAGUGAACAGACCAAAAAAGUCAAAAGUGAAGAGUUGUCCUGAUAAUAUUCAAUGCUCAUCACAUUUCUGAGUUUGGAAGAAGCCCAAUAGAAAACAAACUUUUCCUUAGGCAUAACUGAAAUUAAAUCUGCCUGGUGGUUAGUGUCAGUAUAUCUCACUCCUGACAAAUGGCAAAAGAACUAACCUGAUUAACAGGUCACAUCCCAGUACCUUUAAGUAACUUGUUUCUAAAUGUAUGGCUUUAAAAUGUUGCUUGAAUGACAGUGUUGCAAGUAAUACCUAGAAAAGAAUCAUAACAAAGAACUUUCUCCUCCAAAUACAGUUGCUCAGCUUUUCAUCCUCAGCCAAGAAUAUGGCUGAGGAUGAAAAGCUGGUGGCCUUCCAGCUUCAGCGUACCUUGGAGGAAGCUAACUAUCUUGACCCCUUCCAGUCCGGCUUCAGGCCCGG